GCGGGGAGAAGGCUGGGGCAUGGUGAUCCCGGUCUUAAUGCUAGUCGCGCACCCAGCUCUCCAGAGCAUGUACAGCCGAGCGCCCCGGCCGCCGUUCCCCGGAUGGAUGAAAAUUACAAUCUCUUGCCGCACGGAGUCAAUUUCCAAGAUGCCAUCUUUCCAGACACACAGGAGAACAGAAGGAUGUUUUCCGGCCUUUUCCAGUUUGCUAACUGUUCCCAAGGGCAGCAGCUGACAACUUCCUCGAGUGACUGGGAGAUCCAGGAAGACAACAGGGCUUCACAGUUCAAGCAUGAAGACUGUGUGGCUAUGUUAUUAGAACACGGUGCUGAUCCAAAUGCUAUUGACGACAGUGGGAACACCGCACUGCACUAUGCUGUUUGGCAUAACAGCACCUCAAUGACAGCCAAACUGCUGGCACACAAUGCCGACUUCAGUAUAAAAAAUGAGGAAAGCUUUACACCACUUACACUGGCUCGAAUGAAAAAUGACAACCUGGCAAAACUUUUAGAAGACCAGAAAGAAAAGAUAAAGGAACUUGAUGAAUUAGAAAGCUUCUUUCCUUUGCAGAAAAUCAUUUUAUUUGUCAAAGAACAAGGAAAUCAUAUGCUUGACCUUAAGGAACUAAUAUCAUGUGAGGGAAACUCAAAGGACUGUGAACAGUACAGUUGUGACACUAUUUUGCAUUUUAUUGAAGAGCUCAUGAGGCAGAGAAAAGAUAUAAAUUCUGAGAUCCUAGUGAAAAUCUGGGGUGCAGUUUAUACAUAUAAAAGAUCAAUAGACUUUGAAAAACAUAACUGUGAACUAAUUGAAGAAGAUUGUGAACGUAUAAGUAAUGAAAUUAUUGCACUGCGAGAGGAGUGGUCUCAACUAGAGAUUGAAAAUGCUGAACUGCAAGAUGAGCUAUGCAGUUUGAGGUAUAUGGAUCUGUGCACAAUGAUGGAGGAGGACUCAGAUGCACAUCAAAAUGGAGAGUUUUCAGGUUAUAAUGCUUCAAGUACAAGUCACUGCGAAGAGGAUACGGUACUGAAACUAAGAGAGAAGCUUGAAAGUAUGGAAACAAAACUACAACAAGAAUUAAUCCGCUGCCAAUGCAAGGAAGAUGAAAUUAAUCUUUGGGAGCAGAAAAUAGCAGAAAGGACAGCAGCCCGGGAGAACCGUGAAGCAGAAGAGGGUAGAAUAAAGCAGCUUGAAGAGAAAAUACUCAGCCUCAAAGCCGAUAUGGACAAGAACAUGGUAGAGCGAAGUGAGGUAGAAAAUCAUAAGAAAGCCAUUGAAGAGCAAGCUAGGAGUCAAGUCAUGGAAAAAAUAAACCAAGAGAACCAAGUCUUACGGGAACUAGCUGCCUCUGAGCAACAGAAAGAUCAGGAAAGACAGGAUUACGUCAUGUCACUGGAGCAUAGAUAUAAGGAAAUUGAACUUGAGAUUGUGGAAACAAAAUCUCGUGCAAUUUCUGUGAAAGCACAACGGAGAACAUUUGAAGAAAAAUAUAGAGCAGAAUUGCAACUUGAAGAACGAUUGAAAUAUGAACUUGAAAAUAUUUACAGGAGUAUUGUGGAGUUACAGAACACCAAGUCCAGGCUUGCCUCUGAGAGAAGGAUGAACAGGCUGUCGCACAUCCACACUCACCACAGAUCUGUCUCAGAGGGAACCAGUGACAGCAGUCUUCAGAAUAUCUUUGGGUUCAACAGCAUAGGGGCCACGAUUUAAGUCCACAUUCAAGAAGGAGAGCUUGGUGGGAUAGCUUAAUAAGGCAGGGCAAUGGUCUAAGCAUUUUCAAGGCAUAAAGUUGGUCCACUCAAACAACCCUUGAAUGAAUGUGAAAUUGUUAAAUAUGUCACAAUACAGACAAUUCUCCUCAGUCAUUACUGUAAAAUUCAGGUAAUGUAUCCUUUUAUAGGAGCAUGAUGAAUUCUGAUAUAAGCAAAGAUGGGAUCCAAGCUUUUUUGAAGGGAUAAUUCUCUUAAUAUUUUCAAGGACAAAGGAGGUCUGUGGCACUUGCAGUUUUCUUGGAUUAGUUAGAUCACGCUGGACUUCAUAAGGAAGAUUGAAAAUGUCCUUCUGUCCAUGUGCAAGACACAACUCCAUAAUGUGACCUCUGUUGCAUGUCCUGCAUAAGAUACUGAGCUGUUGUUCAUCAAAAUCUUAGGGUUAAGCAAGAACGCAAUAACACAGGUCCUAAAAUUCUGUGGAUGUGGCUAUUUCAGCUAGCAAUGCAAAUAUUAUAGUAACGUACAGCAUCUAGCUGUCUAAAUUUAUAGCAAAUGGUGCAAAGGUCAGAUAAGAUAUGGUAUACCUGGAACUAGUACUGAGUUUAUUAUCUCUGGCUAUUAGUGUGUCUCUUUGAAUGUUUUUAUGGUCAAUGUCUCUUUGAAUUUUGUCUAAAUCUAAGGAGAAAUUUUUAUCAAAGUUUAGAGCUCUACGCGGGAUUUCCUUUUCACCUUUAUUAAGUGAGCUUUCCCAAACCAUUAAAUUUCAAGGCUUUGGUUACUGACAUGGAGGAUAGAGUCUUAGUGUCUGUGCUGUGAUCAUUGGCUAUAACACUCAUGUUCACUUGCAAAUUUCAAAUUCUGGAUUACACACUCAAUUCUAUGUUGCAAAGCUUAUUCUGUAUUUGUUAUUUUUAGAGUUUGUAGAUAAAUAAUAAAAUUAUCCUUAGCUAGUUUAUAAAUUUUAUGGCUAAUAUUGUAAGUUAUAUUUAUAUUUACCAUGUAGAAUUCUUUUUAAUAACUAGAGUUAUUUUUUCCUUUUUUUCUGGAAUGAAAUAUGUGGAUUCCUGCAAAAUUUAAACAAGCUCCACUCCUGAGUUACCCUACCUUCUCUGAGAUCAAGUCUUAAAAAUGUUCUACAGUUUCAUC